AUGGAAUGCUCCAUAUGCUCCACCACGUUCCCAUCCCAUGGACAACCAACAUGCGUCUCUUGUGCCCGGGCACUGGUGUACCAGGCUCGGCUGAACAGGUUGACAGAUCUGAUCGACGUUGACUCGCUGCACAAGCAGGUCAGCUGCACCGUCUUGCCAGUUCCAGACCUUCCGCUACAUUCUUCGGAGCUGGUGUUUACCACCGAAAGUGCAAGAAAGCAUGCUCAUGCCCAGGUCCUGCGAGAGAGUCAGACUACUCUUGAGCGCUGCGCCGUCAUCAAUGACAAGUUGAGCUUGCUCAAGCAGCAGAUAGACCAAGCUCGCAGGGAAAAUGCUAAACGCGCACUUGAGAUCAAGGAGCGACAUGCCGAGAUAGUGCGCGAGAAGACAGAGAUGAAGAGCCGCGUGCCUCAAUUACUUGAACCACUUCAUGCAAGUAUCCGCCGGAGUCAGCGUAGACUCGCCAAGGUAGAGGCACGUACCCUCGAAGGUAGAACCAAGUUGUGUCAAGAGACCACAAGGCUGGCUGGUUUGCAGCAGAAAAGGCGGCGUAUGCCAGAUGGUAACAUCGUGCACGACUACGCUGUUGGCGGCAUUUCCAUCGUCGAUUUGCGCCACCUCAAUUCUGCCAAAUCUCAGCUCAUCAAUGCGUCGCUAGCCAACGUAUGCCGUCUGUUGAUUACGUGCUGUCACUAUCUGUCUGUCCGCCUUCCAGCCGAGAUCACUCCUCCUCACGCAAGCUAUCCUCAUCCCACCAUCUUCUCCUUGCAAUCUUCAUAUCAGGGCUUUCAACUUCCAUUCCCAGGCUCCUCGUCUACUCCGUCUUCCUCGCGAACUUUGGAUCAACGCUCUUUACCGAAGCCCCGUCUUCUACAUCUGGAUCGUCCACUGGUCUCUUUGGCAAAGGAGGAUCCCGCGAGGUACAAUCUGUUCAUUGAAGGUGUUUCCUUACUAGCCUGGAACGUUGCAUGGCUCUGCAAUUCUCAAGGCCUCAACCUUUCGAGUGCGUACCAAGCCGUUUGUCCCUUGGGUCUGAAUCUCUAUACACUCUUCCGUGAACACACUAGUAGAAGCCCAACCCCUCAGCCAGCCGACCCGGAUCAUCCCACAAGUACUGGUCAGCCCUUUGGUCAUUUCUCUCAUGCCGCUGUUCGUCAAUCCUCUACCGCGGUUGAAAGUCUCGACCUGAUGCGCAACUGGCGAGCGGCGUCAUUUGCUCGCUUCCUCGACAAGAUCAAGCAAAUCCUGUUUCAAGACAUGUCAGGGGCAGAAUGGGAGGUCAUUUCCGGAGAUGACUUUGAACAAGAGGAGGCAGUACUGGUGGGCGGCUCUCGAAACUCGCGACCAGCUGCUCCAGCCAGCUCAUCCUCGGCGAAGCGCAUCCCUGAGUCUGAUGACAUGACUACUGAUGAUGGCAACAAAGGGUAUUUGAAGCUGAAGAGUCGCGCGGUUGGAGAUGGCCGAUAG